GGCAGGGCCAUGUAUCGGAUACAGGAGGCUUUGGCAGCUGGCGCCAUUCCUGUGCUGAUUUCUGAUGGCGUCUCCCUACCCUACGAGGAUCUACUCGGUAUGCCCUCAGGAGGACAAGGAAGCGUAGAGGAACACGAAGAAGUAGGAAGCACCUACCAGUACCACCGAGCAUACUCUUUUAAGAAAGUGAUAUAAUUUAUUACAAGUAGAUCUAGUAUUUGUGGAGGUAUAAGAAGAAGUAGAUCUAUACGUGGAGGAAGACGCCAACAGCUGUCUAAGCCUGCGGGUUGGACAGCUGUUGGCGCUCACCUUUUGCGAGGUACAUAUUGGCUGGUCACCCAAUCGCAUGACGCCCCUUCGGCCUUUCCGCGCCUCGGUUCACGCCCGUCCGGUUGUCUUCCACCUUGGUGGGAUUCUCCCGCCUCAGCUCGGAGACGUCGCGACGAUCUUGGCUGCGGAUGGCGGACACCUGCCGGGGGCUCCCUAUGCAUGGCGCGCGCGCUGCUCUCAUUCUCGGCCGCGGGGUUCCCUCUACCGGUCAGGUCUCGGCGCUCCCUUCUGAGCUUGCUUGCGUCGCCGUAGACAAUGGCGCGCCCAGUGCUUGGCGCAUGGAAAUAGCUGCUGCUGCGCGUGGUUUCCGCCAGGCUCUCCUGGCUGCUUCCCGUGAUUCUGCUGACCCGUUGGCCCUCGGGCCGCGCUCGCUGAUCUGGGUCUUUGACUGCUUGGGAACGGAAUCGGGCAACUCUUGGCCUGCCGGAACCUUGGGCACGACCGAGCUUGCGCGUUUGAACGUGAGCUGCUGGACCUCUUCGCGCGUUGCUGUGCGGUGUAUGACGCCGCUGCUGUCCACUGGACUCCGUCGCACAUCGGGAACCUGGUCAACGAUCUGGCUGACGCUGCUGCUGGGGUCCUCCUCAAGUACGCGCCUGCGGCUGGACGCACUGCGCCGCCCCUCUCCUCUGUGAACGUCAGAGGGGCGGCAAGGGUCUCGCUCGCCGCCGAGGAGCGCCGACUGCUUGCCACGUUAGACAACGAGCACAACAGUGCUAGCGGCGACGUUCUUGCUGCGCUGCAGCUCUCACGCUCGUCUGCGCGGGCGUUGUUUCUACGGCUCUGCCGCGAUCCCUCUGAAGUCUCUCCGGAUGCAUGGGGCUGGGGCGCUCGCGCCGUUGGAGGAUCGCUGCCCCCGAGAGGUGCAGACCUUUGCCGCCAAGUUGCUGCCUGGGUCGCGCUUCAAACACGCUGGCCCCUUUGGUCUGGGGCUUCCCUGUGGCCUGCUACUGUGGUGAACAGGAUACGCCGCGCCACUUCUUCGAGAAGUUCUGCGCGGAUGUCACGCAGUUACGUUCGACGAAGGCGCUCGCGGGCCUCGUUCGGUGCGCGCAUGUCGUUGAGCGCGCUGCAUGGGUGGAGUACUACCUUACGGCGACCUUUUCGGCGACGGUCUUGCUGGCGUCUAGGUUUUCCGGCCCUUUGGUGGUGCUUCGCUGGCGCCUUGCCAUCGCUGGCCUGCCUCUUCUUUUUGGCGGUUUUACCUCUCUGCUAUUUCUACGGGACUGUGGGCUGCGGUCAGUGAUGCGCUGGCUUUUCGGAAACAAUACGAGCGAGCGGCGGCACUGUGCAGGAAGGCCGCUGCUCCCUUCCCGCGCACCUAGUCGGUGCUGGCUUGCUGCUGUCGUUGAGCUCUCGCCCCGUACUGCGGCGCGGCUCGCCGCGGGGAGGUCUGGCGCUUUGGGGCUGCCUUGGCGCGGCGCGCCGGCUUUCGACUAAAUGCCCCCGGCGGUGUUUCCUUGCUGUUUUCACAGCUGCGCCUGCUUACCUUUUUUCGGUGUCGGUUCGAGGUCUCAGGCUUCUUCUUACUUACCAUGACGACACCGGCAAACGCACCCGGACCGCGGCGCCUCUUGUUAGGACUCUCUUGCAUUUGCUUAGCGCGUCGCUGUGCUUCAGAUUCCGCCCCCUGGCUGUCUGUAGCUCUGUGGGUAACCGUCUAUCCUUCUCCUAAUAAUAAUACCAUUAUCACUUACAGCUACUAUUAGAUGCAGGAAAAACAAAGAGUAGGAGUACUCGUCGAAAUUAUAACUAAAAGUAACAGUAAGUAAGUAGAUCAUACUAUUUCUAAGCAACGGUGGGAUGACAUCAUAAUACGUAUCCCCGAACGCAUUUGGAAGACUCGGGAUGCGAAUUUGAUGCUGGAGCGACUCCUAAGCAUGCCACCAGAGGAGAUCCUGCGACGACGGAAACUAGCAGCUUUCGUUUAUGGUGAUACAAGAGACAUUAGAACUACAGUCUGACUAUGAACGUGUAGAAGACUCACUAUUUUUGUCCCAGCAGCACUUCUUAGCGGAUGAAAGAGCUGAAAUUUACUUAAACAAAUCCAGAAUGUUGAAGGGGAAGAAGUACCGACGUUUAGAUGAAAUAAGCUUCAAUGUGCAUAUAUCUCCAAUGUGCUUACGACUACAUGCUACGGACAGCAGAGCAAAGGGUGUGGAUGAAGAUGGCCAAUAUUCUGCAGAUCGUGAGGAAAGACGUUGGAGAGGCAUUCUCGUGGUCUUGAUGAAAAAUAUGUUUUAGUACAUUGAAACUCUAGGAAUAUUUUUAGGCUCUCGUCCAUCCUCUGCCUCUGACCCGUGUCCUCUGCAUCUGCAGAUCAAGAUCAUGGACUUGUGAUCCUCUGCAGAUGAACUCAUCGUGAAACUGAUGAAGCCGAUGGACUCAGUCAAAAGGCCUCGACUUACUACAGGUACGGGAUAGGAUCUGGAUAGCUCUUGACAUGAUGAAUUUGAC